AUGUCCUCGGUUUCGCUUCAGCAAGAAUUGGAAUCUGCAGUGUCCUUUUUCAUCACAGCCGGGUAUUCAGCAGUUCUAAAUAUCGAUUCUGAGAAUCAGGCCAGGAAACUCUCGUGGACAAUGAUUGUCUACACAGGGAACCUUGUUUCAGAUGCGGUACUUGGGAAUAUCAUAUGUAGUCAUCCCAAUAUCAAGCUCAGUUAUCUUGUCUGGGUACCAUGGGAAGUCUUGUCAAUUUCGCUUUCCAUUGCUUUACAAGGCAUGAUGGCUGUUCGGGUAUAUGGGCUACUUGGCAGGUCCAGGGUAGUCUUGAUUGGUCUUUCCGUUUGUUUCACAAUCACAUCUAUCAUCAAUAUUACUAGUGAUGUGAUUGGCCUGGCCCCUGAUCCUAUCUUCAUCACACAACUCAACUUCUGCAAUUUCAACAUCCCAUCAACUCUCUUGUGGACAUAUCCAACAACAAGUAUGGCGGUUUUGGGGUUUGACAUAGUCCUUUGCGCUCUGGCUAUAACCCAUGCUAUUAAGUAUCUUCCUUCUUCAUUUUGGCUCCAUCCACAGCAGACGGCAGCGAGUAUGAGAGCUGUAAUCGUUCGAGACAACCUGACAUACUUCUUCUUGUAG